AUGCCUAUCGAGAUUGAAUCGCCGGAAGAAUACGGCUACGAUAAAAUCAAGUACAAUCUUUCCGAAAGUUCGAUCUCAGACCAGUCCCUCGGAUCUUUAGGACUCCAAGUGCCCGAUUUGAAGUUGCUAUACAAUGAGCACCAAGGAAGCACUGCUCUGCGCAAGCUCGUUGUUCAGGGAUCCGAUGAACUUAAGUAUAAAGAUGUUCUCAUCACAUGUGGUGCAGCAGGAGCUUUGUUCAUUAUCGCCAGCUCUCAAUUGAGCAUCAAUGACCAUCUCGUGGUGAUGCGCCCGAACUACGCAACCAAUCUUGAGACACCCCGCGCGAUCGGCUGUGGAAUUUCUUUCAUUGAUCUGUCAUUUGAGUCGGGAUUUCAGCUUGACUUGGAGACUCUGAAGAAUACUAUCAAACCCAAUACCAAACUCGUCAGCAUCACCACGCCUCACAAUCCCACCGGCACGGGAAUGUCACUCGAGACCUUGAAUGAUGUCGUUGCUUUGACCAAAGAGAGAGGUAUUCUACUGCUAGUAGAUGAGACCUACGCCGACAUCUCAUACAGUGAACGGCUACCAAUCGCCGCCUCUCUGGGCAACCACGUCAUCAGCGUAUCUUCUCUGUCCAAGUCUUACGGCAUCCCCGGUAUUCGGCUCGGAUGGCUGAUCAACAAGAACACUUCUCUGCAAGAGACUUUCCUAGCUGCGAAAGAACAAAUCAACAUCAGCGGUAGUGUGAUCGACGAGUGGAUUGCAGAGCAAGUUUUGUCGCGGAAGCAUGAGAUUCUUGCAACCACCAUUCGCGAAAUGAAACAUCGCCGCGAGAUAGUGGCUUCGUGGAUUGAGAGAGACGAGCUACUGGAAUGGGUCCGCCCAGAAGGGGGUAUUGUCUGUUUUCCGCGUAUCAAAGAUGGAUUUGAGCCAGCUGGUGGCUUAGCUGCCUUUUAUCAUCGCCUACUUCACAAGUAUGGCACCUAUGUUGGACCCGGCCACUGGUUUGAACUCCCGGAUGUCUUUUUCCGGAUUGGAUAUGGAUGGCCUACGGUGGCGGAGCUUGAAGGUGGUUUGCGAGCUAUAUCUGAGGCUCUGCGUGAUACCUCAAGCUAG